UCAGGGCCAGGGGUUCGAGCCUCGCUCCAGCAGCUUCUGCAACCUUCUUCUUUUUUCUUGAUUUUAUGUAGGCCGUCCAGUUUCUGUCUAAGGAGCUAGUGCAGGGGAAGAGGCGAUCAUGUUUAAAGAACCGUGGGGCCGUGACCUUGGAGCCAGAGAUCGAUUCCGACUUUGUACACACACAGUGCCAGGCAGGGCCCUGCUGGGAAGUGCAGGGUCAAAGUCGGCUUUCCAGGGCCCAAACUCAUGAGAAGACUGGGGGACCCUGAUCCAGGCUUCGAGAAGCUGGUCAGACGCUGACGGGCCCUGGACAGUCCACUCCAGCCCUGCAGUUGGCCGUCCUGCUGGUCUUGUCACUACUGUUGCUGCCACCAUGCUGUCCCUCAAGACUGCUCUCCUCUUGACUCUGUUCCUGUUUGCCUGCUCGCUGGGCCAGAGGGCUCGGAGACCAAAUCUUGCAGCCCCCUCCCCUAUCAGCAAGAUCCAGCCCAAGGCCAACUUUGACCCUGCUCAGUUUGCAGGGACAUGGCUGCUGGUGGCUGUGGCCUCCUCGUGCCGCUUUCUGAUGGAGCAGGGGCACCAGGUAGAGGCCACUUCCCUGCAUGUGGCUCCCAAGGGUGCAGCCAUGGCUGUCAGCACUUUUCGGAAGCUGGAUAAUGCCUGCUGGCAGGUGAAGCAGCUCUACAGAGACACAAAAGUCUCAGGCCGCUUCCUGAUCCAAGCUCGAGGUGCUCGUGGGGCAGUGGAUGUGGUGGUUGGGGACACAGAUUACCAGACCUUUGCCAUCCUGUACCUGGAGCGGGCACGACGUCUGACGGUGAAACUGUAUGUCCGCUCCCUCCCUGUGGAUGACGAGGUGCUCAGCGCCUUUGAGCAGCGGGUACGUGAUGCUGACCUGCAGGAGGAGCACAUCAUCUUUUUUCCUAAGUAUGGGUUCUGCGAGACUGCCGACCAGUUCCACAUCCUGGACAGCGAGUGACUGCCUGGUGGCCAGGACUGAGCCGGGUCUCCU